UCAGUCGAGAAUCUGUUGGCAAAGCGUGCGGUUCGUUCGGUUUUCCUUGCUCGCGUGCUCAGGAAGCAAACGAAAAGCAGAAAAGCAAAAGCAGAGGAAAAGCAGAGCUCCUCUGCCACUUGGAACGACAGUUCCAAAAAUCUGUCAAACUAUACACACGCCGUACACCUCUGCAUAUAUAUAUAUUCGUAUACCCAUCGAAUAGAUAGUGCCACAUUUUAUUUAUAAACCGCCUAUAUUUUUGGAUCAAACUUGAGGCGAAAGCAAAAGUGUUCUAGGAAUUCGUUUCUGUGUCUAGUGUGAAAAUGCCUUUGGCGAAAUUGUGAAAUCCUCGCCGUGUCAAAGUCAACUAAGCAAAGCGAUAUAUAAGGCAAAAGCAAAAGGAAGCCCCCAUAUCCCGCCGAAAUGCCGAGCUUCGGCAGUAAAUUCCUCGCCUGCCUGCUGCUCGGUUCGGUGAUCCUGGUCAGCGGUCAGUUCGAGCACUAUUUGGACAGCUUGCGAUCGUCGGAGUUCUACGAGUUCGUGGAAGGAUCUUCGGGCAGCAUCCAGUAUCUGGCCAAGGGCGAUAGCGAAUUCGUCGCGUUGCAACUGGAACAGCCCAUUCACUUCUACGGCGAGCAGUACGAGCAGCUAUUUAUCAACACCAAUGGCAUUUUAACAUUCAACUUGGAGUUUCCAGAGUACGUGAACCAGGCCUUUCCGCUCGAGUACCCCUCGAUAGCGGCCUUCUACUCGAAUGUGGACACUUCGAGCAGUAAUGAUGACACCUCCAUCUCUUUGUUCGAGACCAAGGAGCAGGAAACCCUCGAAAAAGCUUCCAGUCUGGUGCGUUACGCAUUCAGCAGUCAGACCGACUUUAAGGCUCACCAGGUGAUCGUGGCCACGUGGACAAAUGUGGGCUACUUCGAUUCCAAGACGGAUCGUGUGAACACCUUUCAGGUGGCCCUCAUCGCCGGCGAACAAGAGACCUUUGUGCAGUUCAUCUAUCCAGAUGGCGGUCUGAACUGGGUGCAGGGCGAGACUGCUGGAUUGGGGCUGCCCGACAUCCGUGCCCAGGCUGGAUUCGUGGCUGAAGAUGGGCGUUACUACAACUUGAAUGGUUCCGGAUCGGAGGAUGCCCGUUUCCUGAGUGAAAGCACCAACCUGGGCGUGCCCGGAGUCUGGCUGUUCGAGGUGGCACCCAUUGAGCCCGAGCUGAAUGUGAGGACGCCCGACAACGCCGAGACCCGCACGGAGUCGCCCGCUCUGGCCCAGAGCUGCCAGGCCCACGCCCAUCAGUGCCACAAGAGCGCCGAGUGUCACGACAAGGCCGAAGGAUACUGCUGCGUCUGUGGGUCCGGAUUCUAUGGCAACGGGAAAUCCUGUCUGGCCAACGACCAGCCCAUCCGAGUGACGGGAUCGUUGGCCGGAGAGCUCAACCACCAGCCCGUGGACGAGGAGGCCAAGCUGCAGUCGUACGUGGUGACCAGCGAAGGUCGCACCUACACCACCAUCCAUCCACUGACCGCCGAGCAGGGCGCCCAGCUGCGACUGGCCCUGCCGCUGCUGACCACCGUGCCCUGGCUGUUCGCCAAGUCGGUGGGCGGCGUGGCCAAUGGCUACCAGCUGACCGGCGGCGUCUACACCCACGUCUCCCGCCUGCAGUUCGGUUCCGGAGAGAGCCUCCAUGUGAACCAGACCUUCGAGGGCCUCAACUACUGGGACCAGCUGUCCGUCAAGAUCGAGCUGUACGGCGAGGUGCCGGCGGUGGCGGCCCAGGCGGUCCUCCAUCUGCCCGAAUAUGUGGAGGAGUACACAUUCGAGCGGCCCGGAGAACUCAAGUCCGUGCAGGUGCACAAGCUGGAGAUCACGGGAGAACAGCGCGUCCUGGAAUUGCAGGUGGAGCAACGCAUCCUGUACCGCAGCUGCCUGCGGGAUGACGAGCCGGAUCCCAGUGCCACCAAGGUGCUGCAGAAGACCUCCAAGGUGGCCCUGGACUACGUGGACAGUGACCAUGCCCUGCGCAUUAGCGCCAUGAGCAAGGUGGGCGUGACCGCCGAGUCGAACGCCUGCAACGAUGGCACCGCCGAGUGCGUGGACAACUCCGUGUGCGUUCCGUACGAGGACGCCUAUCGGUGCGACUGCCAUCAUGGCUUCGCCGCCCAGGUGGACGAGCGGGGCGUGGAGGUCUGCCUGGACAUCGACGAGUGCGCCUCGGGCCAUCAUGUCUGCGACGAGAACGCCAUCUGCUCCAACACAGAGGGCGGAUUCAACUGCUACUGCGCCGAGGGCUUCCAGGGCAACGGCUACCGUUGUCUGUCCAACAGCACCGCCGACAAUAUUGAGUACCCGCCAGCGAAUCCGGGACAAGAGGAAUCCACCGCUGAUACCAUUCCAAGCCCCAAUCCAAAUCAGGAUCAGGAUGAGGAGCGUGCCCAGUGGGAGCGCGAGCAGGAACUGGAGCGGGAGCGGGAAAGGCAGCGGGAACAGGAGCUGGAAGAGGAGCGGAACCGUGAGCAGGGUCCCCCAGUGGACCAUCCAUAUCCCGACGACUGCUACCGCUGUUCAAAGGACGCCGACUGCUACAAAGGUCGCUGCACCUGCCACGAGGGUUUCGAGGGCGACGGCUUCACCUGCAACCGCCUCUGUGGAGCCAACGAGGUUUGGGAGAACGAUCGCUGCGAGCCUCUGUUCGACCGGCACGAUGUGGAUCCGCUAUGCGAUGCUUUGGGCGAAUGCCGAUGCCCCUAUGGAUACGACCUGACCGAGGAUGGCCAGCGAUGCUCCUUCGUCCAAGACUUUGAUUUGAUUCCUUGCGACGUGGAUGAGAACUGCCACAUCAAUGCCACCUGCAAUUGGAACAGCCACGAGCUGCGCCACGGAUGCACCUGCCUGCCGGGAUUCCGAGGUGAUGGCUACACCUGCGAGCCGACCAGCGAGGACUCCUGUGAUAAUAUCCCCGACAUGUGCGACGUCAAUGCUGCCUGCGUCUACAACGACCAGAUGGGCAAGUCGGAGUGCCAGUGCCAGGCGGGCUAUGCCGGCGAUGGCAUCCGCUGCCAACUGGCCGACGAGUGCCAGGCCGCCGAGCAGUGCGGCGAGAACGCCUUCUGCGACGACGGCGUCUGCCGCUGCCAAGCGGACUUCGAGCGGGACGUGAGCGACCACUGUGUGCCGGUGGGACGGUGCGGCAGCGUCUUCUGCGGCUCCCAUGCCAUCUGCAAGUGGGACCCGGUGCAGAGCACCCAGUUCUGCGACUGCCUCGAGGGAUACCAGGGCGAUGCCCUCACGGGAUGCACCAGCAAGCCCCUAUCCUGCCACGUGGUGAACAACUGCGGCAUCCAUGCCACCUGCGAACCCACCGAGGAUCCCGCGAACUACGAGUGCCAGUGCAAUGCUGGUUUCAACGGCGAUGGUUACGUGUGCAUCGAGGAGCAGAACUGUCUGAACAACCCAACGCUGUGCGACAUGAAUGCCCAGUGCCGAUCGACCAACUCCGGUCUGGUCUGCGUCUGCAAUCAGGGUUUCUAUGGCAAUGGAUCCUUGUGCCAGGAGCGUCAACAGCACGAAUCGGACUUCCUGAUCGUCAGCCAGGGCGUGAUGAUUGCUCGCGUUCCCCUGAACGGACGCAACGUGCGGCCCAUUUCGGUGGCCCAAAUGGCCAUUGGUCUGGACAAGGAUUGUGUUGAGGGUCGUGUCUACUGGGGCGAUAUUUCGACCAAGAAAAUCGUUAGCGCCAAGUACGACGGCUCCGAUGCACGUCCCUUCAUCACCACGGACAUCGAAUCUCCCGAGGGUAUUGCCAUCGAUGUGAUCUCGCGCCGCCUUUACUGGGCGGAUUCGGCCAAGGACACCAUUGAGGUGGCCAGUCUGGACGAUCCUACGCUGCGGACGGUGCUCAUCAAUAAGCAGCUGGUAAACCCACGUGGCAUUGCCGUGGAUCCCUACAGGGAAAAAUUGUUCUGGUCGGAUUGGGACCGUUACUCGCCGAAAAUCGAGAUGUCCAACCUGGACGGCACUGGUCGGGAACUUCUGCUGGGCCAGGAGGCGGUAACCCUGCCCAACUCCCUGGUGGUGCUCGAGAACUCUGGCGAGGUGUGCUUUGCGGAUGCAGGUACCAAGAAGGUGGAGUGCAUCGACCCUCAGAACCGCCAGGUUCGCACCAUCUCCAACGAGCUGUCCUACCCCUUCGGACUCACCUACACCCAUGAUCAGUUCUACUGGACGGACUGGACCACCAAAAAAGUUGAGAUCGUUGACAGCCUGGGCACACGACAGAAGGCCAUCCAGCCGCCCUUCUUCGGCAGCCACAAGAUGUACGGCAUGACGGUCGUGGAGCAGCACUGCCCGCAGUACCAGAGUGCCUGUCAGAUCAACAACGGCGGAUGCACGGACGCCCGGCUCUGUCUGGUGAACCGACAGGCUCCGUCGGGAAAGAGCUGCAAGUGCACCAGCGGCUCCACAGGAUGCAUUUUGCCCACGCCCUACCCCGGCUACUAAAUCUAUGUUUAGUGGAUGGUGAAAUUAUUUUUCGAUACGUAUACAAUCACAAAGAAAGCAAGUUAACCAAAGCGCUGAAAAAGAAAUGAAGUAAACUAAACUUAAUUUAAUUAACUAACUAGGAGUGCCUGUGUGCCAUUUUAUGUAAAGCUACUCAAAGAAAAAUAAUUAAUAAAGAGAAACCAGUCUUAAA